AUGUCUGGCUUCCAGAUUCCAGGCUUGGGUCAGGCCCAGCCAAGUCCGCUUCCCACAGACCAGCCGCAGUCUGGCUCGACAACCGAUGCCCAAGCCGUUCAAAGCCACAACGACAAUGUGGUCAAUCCUGAUGCGACCACUGCGGAGCAGCCUGAAGGCAGUAAAUCAGCCGUCCAGUCCAAUCGCGAACAACCGACCACCAGUCCGAGUCAUGCCAUCGCGACAGUUCCAGCGACUUCGGCCGCGCAGAAUGAAGUGGUGAUGGGGGAUUCAACUGAGCCCCUCGCCCCAGAAGCGGCGAACAGCACAGAUGCACCUGCGCAGCAACAGGACGCCGUUGCGACCGACGACGCGAUGAUGAUCGACCGGCCAGCGAGCCCCCCAUCUCUCACAAGUGCGUUGGAAGCAGCGCUAGGUGGCCUUCAAGGCGACGACGCUGAAGUUACACUCCCUGCACAGCAGGGCAACUCGACAAACGAGCAGCAACCCGCACAACAAGAUACCGCCCCUGCUACAGCCAGCGAAAACCCGGAAUUUGAGGUCGACUCGUCACCCUACGUCAGCUCCGACUCUAGCAGUGAUUCCUCCGACGACGAAGACUCAGAUAAUGAGGGCUACGAACUACUCGGGGUGGAGGAAACAGCUCGCAUGCUCAUGGAAGCGGAAGGCGGGUCGGACGACGAGGGUGACAAGGGCGGCAAGUCAGGUGCGGGCGCCCAUCUCCGUACCAAGAAUGAGCUUCCCGAAGAGACGAUACCACGACCCGACGUGACCAUCACGCCUGAGAUGAAAAUUGAGGAGCUCGGUGCGGUCGAGCAUGUUGUCGAGAACAUGAUCCUCAUCAAGGCCUUCACGCCAGGUGAGUACCAGGUUCUCGACACGGGGUCGGUAGUCUGCAAUGAGGAGCGCGUCGUCAUAGGCGCCAUCGCGGAGACAAUUGGCAAGGUACUGCAGCCCAUGUACACGAUGCACUUCAACUCAGCCGAAGAGAUCAAGGAGCUGGGUGUCCAGGUGGGCACAAAGGUCUUUUACCCGGCAGAGCACGCCAGCUUUGUCUUUACGGAGCCGCUCAAGAGUGCCAAGGGUACGGACGCCAGCAACAUCCAUGACGAGGAGGUUCCAGAGGAUGAGAUGGAGUUCUCGGAUGACGAGAAGGAAGCGGAGUACAAGCGCGCACUCAAGGAGAAGAAGAGGAAGAAGCACGGCGCGACCCGAGGAGGACGUGAGCAGCCCGCAACAGCUGGCCAGGGCAUGGGACCGAGCGGCGAGCUAAACUACGACGACGAUGAUGGGCCGUACAAGCCUCUGUCUAGACCGCCCGGGUUUGGCAGCGGUCCUGUCUCGCAGGAGGAACCGGGCAGACCGAGUCACAGGGGCAGGGGACGAGGCGAUGCGCGAGGAGGGAGAGGCAGUCGUGGGAGAGGUGGACGUGGCGGCGGCGGUGGUGGUGGUGGUCACAGCGGGCCGAGGGACGGCUUUUCGGCUGCUCCUCAGGGGUAUCAACAACAACAUCACAAUCAACAUCAGCAGCAGCAGUACCCACAGCCACCUCAACAGCAACAGUCAUUCCAGCCACCACCUCCACCCGGGUGGAAUGGUCAGGCGCCGGCACAACCACCCGCCAUGCCCAACUUCGGGUUCCAGUUCCCUGGAUGGCCACAGCCGCAGCCAGGUCAACAACACGCGACGCCUCCUCCUCCCCCUGGCUGGCCGGGCGCGGUCCAGGCGCACCACCCGCAGCAGCAGGAGGGUGGCAACAGUGCUUUCAUGAACCCAGCGCUCAUAGCUGCGUUAGUGAACCAGAUGCAGGGACAGAAUCAGCAGGGCGGGCAGCAGCCGCAAUGGCCGCAACAACCACCGGGGCAAUGA